CCAGUGUCUUCCCAGUGCAAGAUCCUGCGCUGCAACUCGGAGUACGUGGCUGCCACACUGAACCUGCGCGGCACCGACCGCGGCACCGGCUACUGCGAUGCGCUGCGCUCCUACUCCCGCUGCACCCGCCGCACGGCGCGGACCUGCCGCGGGGACCUGGCCUAUCACUCCGCGGUGCACGGCAUCGAGGACCUCAUGAUCCACAACAACUGCUCCAAAGAGGGGCCCACGUCCCCCCCCCGGCCCCGGCCACCCCCCAACCAUCAGGGCUUGGAGCCACUCGCAAUGUGUGACUAUGAGAAGAGCUUUGUCUAUAAGCAUGGUCAAGCGCCACGAUACCAGCACUGCGCCGCGUUCGGGGACCCCCACAUCCGCACGUUCCAUGAUGACUUCCACACGUGCCGGGUGGAAGGCUCCUGGCCACUCCUGGACAAUGAGUACCUGUAUGUGCAAGCAACCAGCUCGCCCGUGGCCAAGGGCUCCAAUGCGACAGUGACCAGCAAGCUCACCAUCAUAUUCAAGAACAUGAAGGAGUGCAUCGACCAGAAGGUCUACCAGGCAGAGAUAGACAACCUGCCGGCUGCCUUCGAGGACGGCUCGGUGAACGGCGGCGAGAGGCCGGGCGGCAGCAGCCUGGCCAUCCGCGAGCGCAGCGCCGGGCGGCACGUGGAGAUCCAUGCGGCAUACAUCGGCACCACCAUCGCGGUGCGCCAGGCCGGCCGCCAGCUCUCCUUCUCCAUCCGGGCGGCCGAGGAGGUGGCAAGAGCCUUCACGGAGGAGCAGGACCUGCAGCUCUGUGUCACCGGCUGCCCCCGUAGCCAGCGCAUCUCCCGUUCCCAGUGCCGCCGGGGACCGGUGGCGGCAGAGGUGGCCAGAGCCCUGUGCAAGGAGAUGCUGCCCGUGGAGGACGUCUACUUCCAGUCGUGUGUGUUCGAUGUGGUGACCUCUGGUGAUGCCAACUUCACCAUGGCGGCACAUGGAGCCCUGGAGGAUGCCAGGGUCUUCCUGCCCAAUGUGGAGAAGCUGCACAUCUUCCCGGCCGGGGCAGGCUGCUCGCGGGUGUCUUCGUCUUCCUUCCUCCUCCUCAUCCUCACCUCCAGUCUUUGGGUUGUUCUGUUGCACUUUUAG